AUGGAGCUGAAUGCUAGAAGCAUGCAGCUGCAGCAAUCUGGCAGCAGCAGGAGCAAGGGCAAGAUCAUGGCCAAGAUCGUUGAGGAGGAGGAGGAAGGGGAGGAAGAGGAGGAGGAAGAGAGUCUUAGUCUUAGCUCGGGUUGCGGCUGCUUCUUGUGCGCCAUCAAGGAGCCUGAUGCUCGCCUCCGCCGCGGCAAUCUUGCCGCGUUCUUCCGGGAGUUGCCGUACUGCGAAGAUGGUGACGCCGGCGGCGGCGGCGGCGAUGGCGGACAGUCAUGUGGUGAGGUGGUCGGUGCGGUGUGGCGCGCGGCCAUGGCGGCGCCCGACGACCCGGAGCUUCCGUCGCUCGGCGCGAUCCGGUGCAUGUCGCUCCUCCUCGAGCACGCGCUCGCCGACGUGGGGUGGUGCCGGCGCGGCCAGAACGUGUGCGUGCCGUACUACGCCGCCCAUGUCAUCGGUUCGUACACCAUCCGCUCCUCCGCGCACGCCGAGCUGGCGGUCGCGGCCGGUGCCGUGCGGCCGUUGCUCUCCUUCCUCGGCGGCGCCAUGACGUGGGUCGAGCAGCGCGCGGCCGCGCGUGCUCUCGGCCACCUCGCCAGCUACGACGCCACGUUCCCGGCCGUGGCGCGGUAUGCCGCCGAGGCGGUGCCGCUCGCCGUGCGCGCCGCGUCCACCUGCGUCGGCGAUGUCUACUCGAACUUCGUCGCGCUGGCGCCGAGCAAGCGGCCGAAGUACCAGCGCGAUCUCAUGACACGGGGUCUGGACGGUGGCGGCGGCAGCGGCAGCGGCGCCGACGGCGAGGACCGGAAGGCGGAGGAGUGGGCGAGCCAGCUCCAGUGCUGGUCACUCUACUUCCUGAGCUGCAUCGCCUCCAGGGACGUGUCAUCUCAUGCCACGAUAUGCCAAGACCACGUCUUCCUGCGCGAGCUGUGCCAGAUGUGGGGCGGCCUGGCCAACGGCGACUCUCCGGCCGGCGUCGGACUGCUCCGCCUUCUCUGCAGGAGUGCGGUCGGACGCGGAGCCAUCGCCGCCUGCCGCGACGCGCUCCACGGCCUCUGCGUCCUCGCGCGGUCGUCAGACGACUGGCAGUACAUGGCCAUCGACUGCUUGCUCCUCCUCCUUGACGACCGUGACACUUGGCACGCGGUGGCUGACGCCACGGCCGCGCGCCUCGCCGACCUUGCCGAGCUCCGGCACCUCGGCCCAAGGCGGCGGCUCGGCAAUGCAAUAACAGCUGCAUUGCUUAUCGACGACGACAACCUUGUCCGUGGCCGUGAGCUCGGCAUGGAAGCAAACGAGGCAAUCGCUAACUUGAGAGAAGUGCAAGUAGAGAGGAAAGCGAGAGAAGACGACAUGUCUAGGGAUGAGCUGCUCAAGAGAAGGAUCAUGGUUAAGGAGAAAAAGAGGCAAGGCAACGACAUGUUCUGGCACGGCGAGGUGGAGAAGGCGAUCGAUCUGUACACCGAGGCACUGGAGCUAUGCCCGCUGAGCAGGAGGAGGGAGCGUCUGGUGCUGCACAGCAACCGCGCGCAGUGCUGGCUCGCGCGGCGCGACGCCGACGCGGCGGUGAGCGACGCCACGCGCGCGCUGUCGCUCGCGCGGCCGGCGGCGAACGCGCACGCCAGGAGCCUGUGGCGCCGCGCGCAGGCGUACGACAUGAAGGGCAUGGCCAGGGAGAGCCUCCUCGACUGCCUGGCCUUCGCCGGCGCGUGGCUCAACCGGAAGGACGGCGGGGCGGCGGCGGCGGCGGCCGCCGCGCGCGGUGGGAACCCCAAGCUGCCGUACUGCGUCGCGCGAAUGAUCAGUAAGCAGAUGAGCCUGACGGGGCUCUUCUCCGCCGUGGCGACGAACGGUGCUAACAAUGGAGGUAGGGAUGAUCGCAUGCCACACUACAACUACAGCGACGACGACGGCGGCGGCGGCGACAGCGUCGACGGUGACGAGGAAGGCGACGACGUCGAUCACGACGAAAGCGAGGAGGAAUUUGCUGACAAAGAACUGAAGCUUUGUAGGUCAGGUAGUAAGGGUUUACCAAUAAUCACGGGCCAGGCUUGGAGGAGAUUAGCACGGAGGAGCAAUAAGACGAGCGAAAUGUUAUCUCAUGAUCGUAUCCUAGUUCGAUCCAUUGAAAGAAAAGUAGACUAACACCGCUAGCUAGAGUUUACUGAUCAUCAGUAGGGAUGAUUGAUCAUUAUUCAGACAUUCGAUCGGGGCUUAAUUGCAGACUUUCAGACAUUAGCUAGAGUUCAAGGGAUGGUGUUAAUUUGAUGUUGACGCUAGCUUAGCUAUU